AUGCCUGAAGAGGUACCAGGCCCAGAAUUGCCGCAACUGCACAAAGCAAAAUCGUCCAACUCACGACGAACACGACGGGGCUCUUUAGAUCUCCACCGCAACUAUUCAUUACAUCAUUUCGAUGACCAUUCAGUCUACCACAACCACGAGGAGACUUCAGAUGAUGACUCUACCGAGAUCGACGUCGAACGAGCGCCAAAAGAGCUAAGGAAGGAGAGAUCGCGGCGGUCUAUCAAAGACCCCAAUCUCGUGUCCUGGGACGGUCCUGAUGAUCCAGAAAACCCAAAGAACUGGACUAUGGGGAACAAAUGGGGGGCUACUGUCAUCGUGUCGUGCUUCACAUUCAUCUCCCCAGUCGCCUCUUCUAUGGUCGCACCUGCAAUCGGCACCAUGAUGCGCGAUCUCAAUGUCACAGACCAGGUCAUCGGCCAACUCAUGCUCUCCAUCUUUGUGUUGGCCUAUGCAGUUGGUCCGCUCAUCCUCGGCCCUCUCUCCGAAAUGUACGGCCGUGUCCCGGUACUUCAACUCGCCAACAUGUUCUUUCUUUGCUGGAAUCUUGGCUGCGGAUUUGCACAGACAUCCGGCCAGAUGCUUGCAUUCCGCUUCAUGAGCGGUCUUGGAGGCAGCGCCCCCCUUGCCAUCGGUGGAGGCCUGCUCUCCGACGUCUUCACAGCCGACCAGCGUGGUCGUGCAAUCGGCAUCUAUUCUCUCGCACCACUAUUAGGCCCAGCAAUCGGGCCCAUCGCCGGAGGCUUCAUCACGCAAAACACCACAUGGCGCUGGGUAUUCUGGGCCACCACCAUGGCCUGCGCCGUCAUCCAGCUCUUCGGCCUCGUCUUCCUCCGCGAAACCUACGCCCCCAUCCUCCUCGCCCGCAAAGCCGCCCGCCUCCGCAAGGAAACCGGCAACCAGGCCCUCCACACCGAAUACGACAGCGACCUCAAAUUCACAAAGAAGCUCUCCACCGCCCUCGUUCGCCCCUCCCGCCUCCUGGGCACCCAGCCCAUCGUCCAGGUCCUCGCCCUCUACAUGGCCUUCCUCUACGGCAUCAUGUACCUCGUCCUCUCCACCUUCCCCACCCUCUGGGAGCAGCGCUACCACGAAUCCAUCGGCAUCGGCGGCCUCAACUACAUCUCCCUCGGCCUCGGCUUCACCCUCGGCACCCAGGUCUCCGCCCCCCUCAACGACGCCCUCUACCGCCGCCUCAAGCGCAAGAACAACGGCGUAGGCCGCCCCGAGUUCCGCACCCCGAUCAUGGUCCCCGGCAGCAUCCUCGUCCCCAUCGGCCUCUUCUGGUACGGCUGGAGCGCACAGGCCCGCACCCACUGGAUCAUGCCUAACAUCGGUGCUGCCGUCUUCGCCGCCGGCACAAUCAUCUGCUUUCAGGGCAUUCAGACGUAUAUCGUUGAUAGCUACACGCGCUAUGCUGCCAGUGCGGUGGGCGCCGCGACGGUGCUGCGCUCGCUGGCUGGGUUUGGGUUUCCCCUGUUUGCGCCUGCGAUGUAUGCUGCCUUGGAUUAUGGGUGGGGGAAUAGUGUGCUUGCGUUUGUGGGCAUUGCGAUUGGGAUUCCGGCGCCGUUUAUGCUCUGGACUUUUGGCGAGAGGCUGCGGAAGCGGAGUCAGUUUGCGGCUGGUGGUGGGUAGGCUGGGUCUUGUGAUGCUCGGCAGUGAUUUGGACGUGUGGUAGUUGGUUUGGAUGGCGUAGUUUGAUGAUGCAUUUGUUCGUGGCGCUUUUGGGGGAUUGUUGGUAUAGCAUUAGCGUUGGCAUGAGCGUGCAUAAUUUUUCAGCAGCAAAAUACACUUAAUAUACCCC